UUACUACAAUACUUUGAAUUCAUAACUCUUCACAUCGAGAGGAGUGUAUACAGCCACUUGCUAUUAAGAGUCAAUUUGACACGUGACCGUUCACCCGCCUCUCUCUCUCUCUCCCUCACAAAUAAAAAUGAACAGACCCUUGUUAAAGAGCAAGGAUACGAUUUAUAGCCCCAUUAGAGUAUCACGAUGGAAUUCACAGAUCCCGUAGUUUCUGAAAAGGAAACAGAACAGGAAUUAGUAAGUGUCGAUUCCACAAUUGCUGAACCCACUAAAACUGAACAAACUAAGAAAACAGAAGAAGCUGUAGAAAAAUUAGAGAGUGAGAUCGAUAAGGCGUACACAGCAGUUGAAGCUAAAUUUCAAGAUUUAUGGAGUAAUGCAACUAAAAAUGCUAGUGGAUUACAAGAUAAAUAUAAAUUGGAUGAACGUAGAGAUCAAUUGCUCGGACAAUUAAAUGUAGCUCGAGAAAAUUUAGCUAAUAAUAAUAAUAUUGUUGCAGUAAGAGAUAAUUUAAAACAUAUUGAAGAUCAAUUGAAAAAAGUUCAAUUACCUGAUGUUAAAAUUGAUUUAAAGAAUUUACAAGAUCAAGCCAAUACUGCCCUUGAUUCAUUAGAUGCUACUCUUGAACAAGUUGAAAAGCAAGCAGGAAAAUAUGUUAGUUCUUUUACAUCUUUCUUAACUUCUAUGGUAUCUGUUGAAGCAGAACCUAAUGGAAAUGAAGAAAAGGAAACAUUAUUUAGUAGUUCUAAUCCUAUAAGUAGUCAUGAAAGUUAUGGUAGUACUCGUUAUGAUAAUGAUUUAUUUAAAUUGCAUACCAGUGAAAGUGCUUAUAUAUCAUCAGAUUUAGAUAUUAAAAGUGAAGUAGAAGCAUUUAAUGCUGAUUCUAAAACAGAUGAAAUAUCUAAAUUAUUAGAAAAAUAUCCUAAUACAUUAACUAAAACUAUGAAUGAUUUAGUUCCUGUUAAGAUCUCAUAUAAUUUAUUCUGGUACCGUUAUUUUAAGAAUGACCAGAAAUUAAGAGAUUCUGAACAGAAGAGAAAACAAUUAUUAUUAGAUGGUAAAUCAGGAUCAACUGAAAGUAAAGGAGAUGAAGAAGAUGAAGAUUUUACUUGGGAUGAUGAUGAAGAAGAAGAAGAUGUAGUAGAUGUAGCAAAGGAAGUCAAAGAUCCUAAAAAUAAUGCUGGAGCUAAAGCUUCGGAAUCUAAGAAUUCGGAAGAAGACGAUGAUUGGGAAUAGUUAUGACUCUUGUAUAUUAUGGGGGGCACUCAUGUUAUUUUAUUUAUUUUAAUUAUAAUCGUAUAUGUUUUUUUGCAGUCUUAACUCCGCAAACAAAAAAAUGUAAUU